ACUCGGUAGAUUGAAUCAAUCCUACAUUUGGGUUGUUCACUAUCAAAUCUCUAGAGAUAAGACAAUCCGAUGUGUGUGUCCAAUGUGUCACUUAGUAAAUACAUCUAGUGUGUUUCGGACUAAGUUUGGAUCACAUAUAUCAGACCAUGUGGACAGUGCUUCUGUUGACACUGUCCGUGUUUGUCGUCGGUGGUCAUUGUGACAUCACUAUCCCCCUUACCAACCACUGGAAUGGUGGUUUCCAGGGCCAAGGCUGCUUUGACAUCACGGAAGAGAUGCACUCAUGGACUAUCACACUGACCUUUGACCAGCCACUCAACAGUCUUGACGUGUACACGGCGGACAUUGUCCAGACACUGGACGGGGGUAAGGUGUUUGUCUUACAUAACAAGGCCUGGAACAAAGAUGAGCACGUCGGAGACAGACUGUGCAUUGACUUUCAAGGUCACGGAACUGGAGACAUCCAUCCUGUUGUGACUGCUUCUCUCCAGGCUGGUGACGUCAGUGGUAACCCCAUUACAGCGACGUCCACGUCGACUACAACAUCCACGACCUCAACCACAACUUCAACAACAACACACUCGACAUUGUCUUCAUCUUCCACAAGUUCAGCUACACCAACGCCGUCUGGUAAGUUGAACACAUUUUUCCCCACCUCAAAGUCACUAACUGACCAGUCAUACGUGUAA